GAACCUCUCCAUGGGACCUAUGUCAUUACUUGUACUGACUUUGUGGACCAUAGGAAAUGUUAAAGGCUGUGGUGUUCGACAGACUAAGAUAGAUGGACGAUGCUGUGACCUGUGCCAACCAGGCACUUUCGUGAAGGAGUUCUGCUCUGAGAGCCAACAAUCUGUCUGCGAAGCCUGUCCAGAGGGAUCUUUCUCACAUUUUGACAAUGUCUUUGACAGAUGUGAAAAAUGCCAGACAUGCCAAUUUUAUGAUAGAAAAUGUACAUCAACCACAAAUGCAACCUGUACUUGUGCCGCUGGUUUCCUGUGCUCCAACAGCAUCUGUUCAACUUGUGUGGAAGACAAAUGCGUCAUAGGCGAGAGACUGAAACAGACAGUCAUCUCCUCAGACGAAAAGGUGAUCGAGUAUUCGUAUCAGUGUGAACCUAUAUGCCGUGAAAAUGAAUAUUUUGAUGUGCAAAAGAAUAUCUGCAAGCUGCUGACACAAUGCAGACCAUUUGGGUUUGCUGAACGUUUUCCAGGGAACAGAACACAUGACACAGUUUGUGAGAGAAAUGAUGGACACUUCAUUCAUGUGAUCCUUGGCAUCAGUGUCAUUUUGCUCUCUCUCAGCCUCUUUCUGUUCUUGUCCUACACCUGUAUAAAAUACCUAAGGAUGCACACAGCAAACUGCAAACCCACGUUGGCUGUCCCUGCUAACAUCAUUGACUUUCACCUACCAAAGGAAGAGAGUGGGCUCCAGUUUUUCCAGGAUGAACUCAAGAACAGUGACACUUCUCAUAAGCUGCAUCUUGAAACCAUCAUUAUAAGCUAAAUGAACUGGCUCUUAUAUAACACCUCUCUACUCAAUUUGAGCACCUCAAGAGUUUUCUACUACAAA